GUUGUGGUCUUCACUAAUGAAAAAUGUAACUAAUUAUCUGUAAGAACCGGUCAGGUCCUGGCAGAAUGGGUGUGGAGAAGUCUCAGUAAUUACAUGAGCAAUUGGUCUAAAUGUGGCAACUAAAUGUGAAAAAAUGAAUUAGUUGCUGGUGGAAACGGUGUGGGGGUCAAAGUAAUUACAGGAGAAAUGGGUGUUAAUGGUUUUUGUAACCACUGAGUUUGAAAGAACCAAUGAAGUUCUGGAGGAAGGCAUGUGGGGAUUUGAGAACCUCAAACUGAACUUCAGGGAAAAACGUGCAGGCUUAAUGGAUCUGGUUCCUUGAAAUAUGGAAGCUCCAGUGGGUUUUGAGGUGCUGAGUGCACUGAGGAUGAAACAUCUCUGUCUCUAGUGUCAUUUACCCAGCAGAGAAGAAUUUGGGUCUCAGAGGAGUCUUUUUCUUCCCUUGUUCAAGAAAACACCUUAAGAGUGCAAAUGGACAGCCAGUGUUACCCUGGUGGCUGCCAGGUGGUUCCAAUUUGGAAGUUGGUGGCCAUGUGGCCGUCAGAAAAGGAGGAGGAGGACAAUGUAAUCCUGAUCAGUGAUGAUGAUGAUGAUGAAGGGGAGGACACCCAAGGCAGUUCUGUCCUCUUUGUAGAGCCACAGGAGGAGUCUCCCCUGGAAGAGAAGAAAUGCGAAGAGCUGGUGGAUGAGGAGGGGGAUUUAGUGGUCACCUACUGCAAACAAGCCAAUGUGAUGCCUCACGCCAGGCACGACUGCACCACGCAGCCCUUUGAGAGGAGAGAGAGUGACGCUUGCUUCCCCCUUGGGAAAAAUGCAGAUAUUUGUGACCAGUGCUACUGCUACAUCUGUGACAAACUGGCUGCUGAGUGCCAGCUCUGGACAGUCCCUUCCCUAUGCCACUGCAAUGCCCACAACAAGAGCAACUUCUGGAAGGCACAGAGGAACUUUGCCCUGGCUGGAGUCCUGGCCACCUUCAACCUGGAGCUGCUGGAGCUGGACACAGAGCUGCGGCGUGGGGGAGAUCUCCUAGAAAAAUUCAUCAGGGAUCUUUCUGUAGCCUAUAACAAAUACCUGAUAGGAGAAAGGAUCUGUCCCCCAGGACAUGAAUGCUUCUGCCAGCCAAAGUUGCCCCCGGGGCAGUGCAGUGUCUGCAGCUCACGGAAUGUGGAGGUGGUGUACAAGUAUUCUGAUGUUUUCGAGCUGGUAGCAAGAUUUUUAAAUCAGGCAGAACAAGAAAGCCCCAAAGCUGCUGCUGUCAUGCUGCUGGGAGCAGCUAAACAGAUUGCCCUGCACAAAGACCCUGCUAUGCUUAGGAGCUAUCAGAGCCUUGGCCACACUACUUCCCUGAGGGUUGCUGUCCCAUUUCUGUUCCAGAGGAUCGUGACCCGACUUCAGAGGAUGCUGGUGUUGUGUGACUUCCCAAAAAUGCUGUAUGAAAAGUUUGUUGAGUUUUUCCAGUCCAUCUCCCUUCCCUGCCACUGCUAUGCCUUCUCAAACAGCUUGAAUGUUUUGCCCUGGGACCACAUGUUGCUGACCACAGUUUUAAAAGGCCAGAACAUCACUGGGCAGAGGAGACAGAAAGGAAGGAAAAUGUACCUGUGGGAGGCACUCCCUGUUGUGGAGGCUCGAGUGGAGAAACUGCUGGAGAAAAAGAAGUAUAAGGAAGUUGUUCGAUACCUGAGAGCUGUGAAAUGCAAUGAAAACCAAAGGCUCCGAGACCUUCGGGAUCUGAUCCCGUUCUACCUGUGCAAAACUGGGAAUUUCCUGGAUGCUGCCCACUCCCUGCUGUUCCCUGUGAACAGCCUGGCCUGCUGCUCUGCCUGCAGGAUCACCCCCUGCCAGUUCAAGGUCUACCUCAAGAUCUUCAGGACAGGCUGUGUUCCCUCUGGCAAUGACAUGCUGGAGACAGGGCCCUGGGUUACAGCUGGCUCUCCCCUGAGGAACACUGUGCUAAUUAAGCAGGCACUCAAACUGCUCUACAGCAGCGAGGCACUCUACAGGAAUGCCAAAUGUUGGAGUUCCUUCAUCAUGGUUUUGGGGAGCAGCAAUUUGUUGGAAAAGAGGGGGCACCUGCUCCCCUUACCCCUGGGAGAGCCCCCCCUCAGCUUCCAAGAGAAUGUGCUGGCAGCCAGUGGCAACUUCCUGGAGGAUCUCAAGUCUGGAGUUAAUGUCUCUUUACCAUCUGCUGUUUUCUCUGGUCAGCUGCACCACGAGGCUUCUCUCAUCCUGGCAGUGCAAGCAGUGCAGCAGAUGCUCUGUUGUGACCUUCCACACUUGACUUCCUUCUUAGAGAUAGUCCUGGCUUUUGGGAAAAACUUCUGGGCUCUGAGGCUGUUGCUGGACCAGCUUUGCUGUGUGGAGCACAUCCUGUGUGGCACUGCCAACCUGCUCCUGAGGGACCUGAGUCGGGAGGAAGGCACCAUGCUGGCAGUGUGGCAGAACCUUGGCCCCCAGUACGUGGGGGAGUUCCUGUGCCUGUUCCUGACCUGCAGACACAAGAGGAUGCAAUCUGUGGGGCUCUUCAGCCUCAACGUGGUCAUCGAGAACCUGCACCUGUGUCCCUGGGCCAGGCAGCUCUGCACCUUUUUCCAGGAGUCUGGGUUGGGGCAGCUCCCCUUUGGCACCACAGUUCACCAGGAAGUUUCCAAGUUCAUCAGUGCUUUUGAGAAGCUCUAAUUGGGACCAAAUCCUCAGGAAUAUUUUCCAGUUGGGUUUUCAUCUAACCAGUCUCUUCCUGGAGAGUUCCUUGGGUUUGCUUUGGUUGUCACCUCCAGGAAGGGUCAGCUAAAAACUGACUUCCCUGGCUCUGGAGUGGGACCAGAGCCACAUUUUGGGAGUUUCUUGCAGUUCCACAGAUUCAGGAGUGGUUGGAAGAGGCAGCAGGUCGGAGUUGUUUUCAGAAGCUGGCAAAAGCAGGGAACACGGAUGGAGCAGGAAGCAGCACAGAAUUUUUCCUCCUGUUGGGACACAAACCUUGCAGGAGGCAACUGCUGAGAGGGAAAAGCUUAAAGCAGGAAACCAGGGAGCUGAGAGCUCCCUCUGCAGCAGUUUGGGGUUUGCACAGCUCUGACUUUGGGUUCCAUUCUAAACCGGGAGGCUGGAAGAUAAAACUGAGCUUUAUUUUCUUCAAACAACCCCAGUGUGGGGCAGUGCAGAGCUGAUGUUAUUUGGAAACAAUCCAGCUUUCAGGCUGGGCUUUUCUGCUGAAAAUAAGGUUUAGCUUGGUGCAGAUGGCAUUUCCCAAAUCCUAAUUCUGGGGGGAAUUUGGAGUUCACUCUGACCUGGGCAGGCUGGAAAACAAACCCCAGUGUGUGCCCAGGGGCACUUUGCACAUUUCCAUGGGGGUUUGGGGCCUUCUGCAGCUCUUGGUAUCCCAAAGUUCUCACCAAAAAACGCACCUGGGUGAAAAUUUGACACCUUGUUCAUUAAAACUGUCCAAGUUCCAUUGUUACAUUGA